ACUGGGCGAUGACGAUGGGUUUUCCUUCAAUGGCGACCAUCACAUUUGUGGAAUUCGCACUAGGAAGAGUAAAAUUUACGCAAUGUUUUGUACUUUAGUUGGGGUUUUAACGCUGGUUCAUUGACAACUCGACAACUCAUCAGACAUCAAGCUGUUUCAUCAUCAUCAGACAAAAUGGCGAAUCAACCACCACACGCCCAGGGCCAGGCGAUGAAAAUGCCCGGCACUGGCCCACCACAAAAUUUUGCGAGCGGUAUGGGACCGCCAACUUCAAGGCCGCCUUUGCAGCAACCAGGACCACCACCCCCAGGGGGUUACAAUCCUAGAUAUCAGUCUGGAAUUAACCAAGGACUGCCCCCCACUGCCAAUGGUGCUCACUCGGGCAAUCCAUCAACAUAUGGAGGACCGUUCCGUAGCCCCAUGCCCCCAGUAGGUAAUGCCAGAAUGCAGGAUGGUCCCCCGGCUGGUGCCCUGCCUCCUCAAUUGAGCGGGGCAUAUGCACCAAGACCGAUGGCACCACCAACAAUGCCGAACUCGAACCAGGUAGGACCCCCACCCACAUCCAGAGGAGCACCCUCAAGUGACUUCUCCGCACACCCAGGAGUGAACAGUCCAUAUGCAAAACCAGGGGAAACUCCUCCCAUACACGGCACGGGCAACCCGCCCUCAUCACUACCCCUACAAAACCAGUACUCUGGCACCCAGCAAGUGAACUCCUUUCCCGGACAGUCGGGUCCCCCUUCAAGGACCAGCUUCUCCGGUCUCCCGACAGGAGCAACUUCUGGAUCUGCCCCUGGGCCAUCUGUGCCCAGGCCCGCAUCAACUGGCCCCGGGCCCUAUGGUCGACAGCCACCACAAGCUGCAACUCCUGGUUCAGUGGAUUCUCCAUCAACUCCCGAUGUGCCAGGGAUGGAGAGAAGUUUAAAUUCCUCAGGGGAGGGCCUACAGGUACCGAAGUACCCCUCCAUGAUACGGUCGCCCUCCACGGGAUCAUUGGGCUCGCUGCCGAUGCCCAAAUUUCAUCUGCAGUCAGCCUCCCCAACCGCCGAGCUGGCAAGCAAUUCGCCAGGGGAUUCAGGUCCACCUUCUGCAAGGUCAUCUGCAGCGCCCUCACCAGUUCCCUCACAGAGAUACGAUGCCUUGGAAGGUGGAACACCAUACACUCCCAAUUAUCAUCAAGGCCCUCCAACACCAGGAAGUCAAUACGGAGGGGCGCAGCUACCCUUUUCUCCUCUGGCAGGUCCUCCAAGGGCCGGAAUCCCAUCAGGUGGACACCCGCUAGCCCCCCAAAUGGGUGGUCCCCCAACAGGUGGCCCCCCAGGAGGUGGUCCCCCAACAGGUGGCCCCUCAAUGGGUGGUCCCCCAACAGGUGGCCCCCCAGUAGGUGGUCCCCCAACAAGUCGUUCCCCAGUGGUUGGUCCCCCAACAAGUCGUCCCCCAGUAGGUGGUCCCCCAAUGAGUGGUCCCCAAAUGGGCAGUCUACAGCGGAGUGGUAUUCCAACUACUGGCCCACCAACCAGUAGUCCCCUAGGGGGUGGUCCCCCAACCAGUGGUCCCCCAGUGGGUGAACAACACCCUCCUGCUUCUGCAGGGAUCACCGGUCCGAGGCAGUACCCACAGCAAAGCGGGUACACGCACCCGCCCCAGCCAGGCCAGUACCAGCAGCCGUCCACCUUUGCGGGGCAGGUUGGUAUGGCCCAACCAAAGCCGCCCUUACAGGGCAUGGGCAAGCCCAUGCAGCAGAUGGGGGUCAUGCCACAGCCGAAUGGGGGUCAAGCACAGAUGGCUACAAACAGCAUAAUGCAGCAACCGGGCCCGCAGCCGAGCAUGAAUAGCCUCAGUGCGUCCAUGAAUAAUCUAAGGGUCCAGCAGGGUGAGACCAUGCCCAUCAACCUACUGCAGCAGAGGCACAUUGUGGAGCCCACGCCAGUGGAGCCACCCAAGACUAGACUGAACCCGGAGUACAGCAAGUUGCAGGUCGACCCGGACAUCUUCCGUUCCACACUGAACGCUCUUCCCCAGACCCAAAGCCUGCUGCAGAAGUCACGACUGCCAUUAGGACUCAUCAUACAUCCCUUCCGGGACCUUUCACAUUUGCCUGUGAUCCAGUCCAGUGUCAUCGUGAGAUGUCGCUCGUGUCGCACCUAUAUCAACCCCUUUGUCACCAUUAUUGAGCAGCGACGUUGGAAGUGCAACCUCUGCUAUAGGAUAAACGAACUACCAGAGGAGUUCACCUAUGACCCAGUUUCUAAGACCUAUGGCGCUCCGGAGAGGAGGCCGGAAAUCAAGUCCUCUACCAUUGAGUUCAUUGCACCCUCAGAGUACAUGUUGAGGCCCCCACAGCCGGCCGUCUACCUCUUUGUCAUCGACGUCUCCUUCAGCGCCGUGGAGUCGGGCUACCUGUCGGUGGCCUGCCAGGGCCUCCUUGACUGCCUGGAGCGCAUGCCCGGCGACGCGCGCACCAUGAUCGGCUUCAUCACGUUUGACAGCACCUUGCACUUCUACAGUCUGCAGGAGGGCUUGUCUCGGCCCCAGAUGCUGGUGGUGUCGGACAUCGACGAUAUCUUUCUUCCCUGCCCCAAUGACUUGCUGGUGAAUGUCCACGAAAACAAAGAGUUGGUGCAAGAGCUCCUCAACCAGCUGCCAUCCAUGUUUGCCGGCAACAAAAUCACGCAGACAGCACUGGGACCAGCGCUGCAAGCAGCUCUCAAACUCAUGAGUCCGACCGGAGGGCGUGUCACCGUUUUCCAGUCGGGGCUACCAUCCCUAGGCCAGGGAGCACUCAAAUCCAGGGAGGAUCCGAACCAAAGAGCUUCAUCCAAGAGUGUUGCCAAUCUGGGACCGGCAGUAGACUUCUACAAGAAGCUGUCCCUGGACUUCUCGGCCCAGCAGAUUGCCUGCGACAUGUUCCUCUUCAGCACCCAGUAUACUGAUGUGGCCACCUUAGCCGGAGUGGCCAAGUUUUCUGGUGGCAGUCUCUGCUAUUACCCAGGAUUCCACAGCACUCAGAACCUCGUGGAAGUGGAGCGGUUCACCAACGACUUCCAGCGAUACCUCACAAGGAAGAUCGGCUUUGAGGCCGUCAUGAGAGUAAGAUGCACAAAAGGCCUGAGCAUUCACACAUUCCACGGCAACUUCUUUGUGCGGUCGACGGACCUCCUGUCAUUACCCAACAUCAACCCGGACGCUGGCUUUGCCAUGCAGGUCAGCAUAGAGGAGUCGCUCCAUGAUUCGCCGGUGGCUGCAUUCCAGGCUGCUCUCCUCUACACAAGCAGCAAAGGGGAAAGGCGGAUCCGUGUUCACACCAUGUGCCUGCCAGUGACCAAUCAGCUGUCAGAGAUCAUGGCGGGGGCAGACCAGCAGGCCAUCAUAGCCUUGCUCACAAGAAUGGCUGUGGACAAAUCGCUGACGUCGACGAUGUCCGAUGCCCGUGAUGCACUUGUCAACGUGUGUGUAGACUCCCUCUCAGCGUUCAAGGCUACGUUACCCAGCGGGCAGACUGUCGGCACACUCAUGUGUCCCAAGUCACUACGCAUGCUGCCCCUGUACACACUGGCCGCUCUGAAAAACAAUGCCUUCCGUCUGGGGACCAGUACCAGGCUUGAUGAGCGGGUGUACUCCAUGGAGAUGUUUAAGUGCCAGCCCUUGCAUUACGUCAUGCUGAAGUUACACCCCAACCUGUACCCUGUACACGGCAUGUCUGAUGAGGGCUCCAUCCUGGUCAAUGACCAGUCAGUCCCCCAGCCACCCUUGCUUGGCCUGUCCUCAGAGUAUGUCAGUCGCAACGGUGCCUACCUGAUGGAUUGUGGUGACGCCUUGUAUCUCUUCAUCAAUCGGGAUGUGUCCAUAGCCUUCUGUAUGGAGGUCCUGGACGUGCCCAACUUUCGUUCCAUUCCCGAGGGCAUGACGGAGUUACCAGAGCUCGCAAACCCUGCCUCCGAGAGACUGCGGACGUUCAUCCUGUGGCUUCUAGACAAGCGGGCCUACGCUGCACCCCUGCAUAUCAUAAGGGAGGACAGCAAAAAGCGAGUGCUUUUCUUGCGGCACCUGGUUCAGGACCGGUCAGAGUCAUCGAUGUCAUAUUAUGAGUUCCUCCAACACCUCCAGAAGGAGAUCAAGUAGAGCGAGGAAGCCUUCCACCGUGCCUGGAGACAGGCUGUCCUCGAUUUUGCUGUGAUGUAGGGGGGGUCCUCAAUGGCCUGGCGGUGAGGGAGGGCGGAAUUGUCACAUCUGACUUGUUAAAAGUGCCCUUCCCCCUGCCCCAACACUCUGAGGUGUCAGUCACAGUGAGUGAAAAUGUUGCAAAAAUGUCGGGUAAAUAAGGCUUGAAGGCUUUGGCCGAUUCACUUCCUGGAAAUAAGGAGACAAACGGCUUCAGUGAAUCUGCAUGGUUGAUUGGGGUGGCAGAACGCCAGCAAGUUAUUUGGAUGCAAAUUAAAAUCUGACAGAAUGUGAUUCCCCCUUCCCCAGUGAAUCUGCAUGGUUGAUUGGGGUGGCAGAACGCCAGCAAGUUAUUUGGAUGCAAAUUAAAAUCUGACAGAAUGUGAUUCCCCUUCCCCUUCCACUUUCCUUAGAGAUUGGGAAUGUCUUCACUGACUCUGAACACAAAUGAAAUAAUAUAAUGUUUCGACGGCCUUACUCAGAUUUAAACAUGAAUAUUCAUUUGCACAGUUGGCUGACUGUUUUAAGCACGUUGGUGGAGGCAAAUGUGUACACGCACAACUUGUUUGGUUCAUCGCCGGUGCCACAGACAGAAAAGAAGCUCAGACACAAACUAUAAACAGGCUUCUACAGAGGAGAUAUGCAAGGGAAAGUAGGAGUAGUGUCUGGACGAGAAAUGUUGCACUUCAUAUGAAAUGACUUGGAAUCCUCUACGUAUACAUGGAGUCGGUACCCAAGUCUGGUAGAGUAAGGCCUCUUCUCCUGCUGUCCAAAGUCAGCAGGAGAACAGAAUUACCUCCCCAGCCCAUGUGGUUUUCCUCUCAUUCUGCACCACAUAAUCCACUUUAAAUUGGAGUAUCAUUUUCUGGUACAUGAGAGUCAGUGCGCUUGAAAUUCUGAAAAAAAAAUCUGCUCUCGGUUAUUUUUCUUCCACGCAGCAGGCCUGCAAUAAAUAGAAAGAUCUCCGCAAGCAGAGUUAUUCAUUUAAUUGAAUGCCAGUGCAAAAUCUCUACCUGUGCUUGAAAUCAAUCAAAAUCGAAGUGCAAAAAUUUGCCAAAUUGGUUGAAUCUGCAGACUCGUCCAUUUCAAAAUAUCAUUUUGUUGUCGCAAGAUUUUCACAUGAAAAUCAUCAUAUAAACAAAGCUAGAAAUAUAGUAUAGCAUACCUUCCUCUAAAACUCCAUGUGCAGUGAUUCGGGUACGGCAAUUUGUGUGCUGUGGAGCCUGAGGAGUUUUACAAACAGCAUUUCAUCAAGGACAGAUCCAAAAAUCCAACCUUUGAAGGCUAAACUUGCUUUACAGAGGGACCCAAAAUGUGGAGGUCUGGUUUUUUAACCUUUUAUGACCUCACUGAGAGGUGAGGGUACAUGUGUUUAUUUUUUUGGGCUUUUUGUGUGUUUGUUUGGUAUGCAUCUGGAAGAAAAGGAAAUGAAAUGCAUGGCCUUUUUCGGGGCGGGGGGCAAUGGCCCCGUUUGCUGUCCCCCCCCGUCCGCCCUUGGGUGCCAUUGCCUGACUUUUGAAGUUGAAUGAAUGUUAAGUGCUCCAGCCCUAUAGAACUGAUAUUGGUGGUCUCCAUCAUUCAGAAAUCCCUCUUAAGAAUUGUGUCAUCAGUCAGUCCGAAGCUAGAAGAACAUGAAAAGACUUUAUCUGAUGUAAGAUGAUCUUCCCAAGGUGAUCAUUUCGCUUGCAGUUGUUGGCUAUGCUGCCCGCUGUGUUCAGACUUUCUGAAUGUGUUCACUCAGUGCCAUUGGUUAUUUACUGUAUGCUUUCAAAGAUUUGCCAGAAGGAAAGAGGUGUCCCCGCCCCCGGAUCAUGCCCCGAAAGACAACAGUUUUCUUAAUACGUACAACUAUAUAUUCAAAUCUUUCGGUGUAUUAUAUGUGCAUUUCGUGAUAUAUACUACUCAAAAAAUGUUAACGACCACUUUUUUCGUAACUUGUAAUUUUUCUCCAAGCAAUGAGUAGGGUCUAGUUCUUUCAUCUUUUGUUGUCUAGAUGGUGUUCUCACUGGAAUAAAAAAAUAAAACAUUGUUUCAAAACAUCAAAUGCUCAUUUUCUGCAGUGAAAUAUCUCAUUAAAAAGUAUACACAAAAUAAAAAGUGGUCCUUAACUUUUUUGAAUCGUGUACAAUUCUUGCAGCUACUGGCGUCUCGCACACAAAAGAUUAAUGCUUGGGGAGUAAAGUGACUUGGUUGUCCGAUUGUUUUGUGAGCUUCGUUUCUGUAAAGGUACCUCUAUUCUGAUUUGGGAAAUUUUUGUUUUCAUUUUCAACUCGGUCUUAAAGUUUACUGAUAAUGUAUAUGUGCAAUUGUCUCAAAUUGUUGGCAAAGAAUUCCUGCGCAGUUUCUUCGCAUAAGGCACACCGUAGUUCGUAAACAUUACUGAUUUGGACCCUGAGAAAUUAGUCUAUUGAGUACUUUGAAGCACGGUGGUUGCAACAUCAAAAAAAUGACAUAACAAUGUAUGUGUUUUACGGUUAGUUCAGUGGAAACUUAAGUUUUGUUACAGUUUGUCAGAGAUUGUAAAAUUACUUUUGCAAUACCAACCAACUAUUGUAGGGGGAGAAAGAUUAUUUAUUAAAGCAUGACAUCUGAUGUACUGUAAUUAUCGAUAUGGCUUUGGCACGUAUUACGGUACAAUAUUGACACACUGGUAACUAACUACCCACAUUUAUGCGUACUUGCGACGUGUAAAAUUUGUGCAAGUUUUUACAUAGUCCGUGCAGCCUACACAUUCGCCUUUGUAACGCAGUCUUAACAAUGUAGCACACCUUUGUUCAGUGAAAAUCAGACUUGAAGCUUACCAAUUGAAUUUUGCAUUUGUGGCACCCAUUUAUGGGUGGUUUUCCCCCCCAAAAAGUCCAGGCAGCUUUGGGGUUAAUUGAGAUAACUUAAGCAUGAUAAUGUUUUAAUUAUGUAUUACCUAUAUCAUUGUCAACAUGAGUUCGGUGAAUAAAAUCAACUUGACUAUGAAUAUGUAGA